UGCGUGUUCGAAGUGUCAUGCCCCAGAGAUCUGUUUAAAGAUGGCCUUGUGUUUGUAUUGAAAGAGUUUCUGUGUUGUGUAAAAUCUAAUUUUUCUACCAAAAAAAAUCAAAAACUAUUUCCAUUCAAAUUAUAGAUUGAAUUGAUAGAAUGUGUUAAGUGUCUUCCACCAUCAAUAUGUCCGAAAUAAAACGUGUACAACUCGCCGAUGCACCGCAUGAUCAAACCGCGAGUUCCACCAAAAAUGUGUCCGCAUCGAAGUCCAUUCGUUUUGAUUUUGAAUUGUUCGAACCUACCGCUGAUUCGUUUCCAGAAUUCAAUUAUAAAAAAUUAUUGGACGAAGAGAAGAAGAAACAGAAAAAAAUCAUCAAAAAAGUGAAUGGCUUCGCCGAUCCAUUUGAAGAGAAUGAUGACGACGUUAACCGAAUAGCGAAGGAAUUCGAACGGAAAUAUGGUACCGCGUACUCUGGCAAGAAACGUGGCUCUAAUAAUAAUGAAUGUGACAAAGGUGCUGGCUACGAUAUGAAUGAUGAAUUUAUCGAUAACAGUGAAGCGUACGACGAAUUGAUCCCAGAUGAAAUUGAAACCGAUCGAGGAGGAUUUUACAUUAAUUCUGGUGCGUUGGAGUUCAAAAAUUUACCGAAUUAUGAACGGCCCGACGAUGCAGCCCGUAUGCCAAAGCCAAAAAAGCGUUCGCUGUCAACAUCAUCGGAGAGUAGUUCAUCUGACAAUGAAGAACCUAAUAAGAAACCAAAUUCCACAAAAAACGGUCCCAACGAAAAGAAACCAAAACUUUCCGAGAAAGACAAGCAUAAAAACAAGGAAAAGAAGCUGAAAGUCAAGGAAAAGAAAGACGAUGGACUCGUUUACGAUUCGGAUAAUAAUACGAAAAAAGUGGUCAAAACGACCACCGUCAAAGAUAUGUUGCGCGCUAAACGGGAUAGCAUGCGAAAUAUGAUUGACAAUGGCAACAAGUCGGAACAGACUGAGGACAGUAACAAGGAUACGAGUAGUUCAGAAGAUUCGUCCGAUUCGUCAGACGAUGGCAGCGAUGGCGAAAAAAAGGAUUCGAAUUGUGUUCAAAACGGCGAUACCAAGUUGCCGGACAACUUGCCGCCGGAGCUGUUAGCAAAUAUCAAAAGAAUCACAGAAGCAUCUAAGGUGUCCAGUUCGGGAAAAAGUAAUUUCUUCGAUUCAACGAACAUGAAUCUGCUUUUCGAAAUCGAUACGGCUGCUCGUCUGAAAGGCGGUGCUGUGCGUAAUCAAGUGUACAACUAUUUGGAAAAGUAUCUUCCGUGCACGAAACAAACGAUUAUGAUACGGGCAAAAAAGAUACGUAGUCAGAAGGAGGAGGCGAAAACCAAUAAAAUUGUGAAAAAACUUAAAAUGGCUGUGGGCAGUAUGAUGCCGGAUCUGUUAAGUAGUUAUGAAAAGGAGUGCGAACUGGUGAAUGAUUUAAAAGCCAGUACUGUGCCAGUGAAUGGAGGUAAACCGGAGCAACCAAUUAAAAAUCCAAAGAAAAAGUUUUUAUGGACAGACGCAACACGUAAUCUCUUGUGUGAAGUCAUCAAUUCGAGAAAGCAAUCGUAUACUGUUAUCAAACCUCGCCGGGAGAGCGUUGAAGAUUUUGUGAAUCGUUAUCUUCGAGAAUAUGUUCUUAAGAUUUGGCCGGAUGGUUGGAUGAAAAUCGAUGAACUGCUAAAGGAAUUUGAUAAAAGACAAGUGAACCAUGUCAAGAAGCCAAAAGAAAGUAAAAAAUCCAGUGAAAAUUCUGCACAACAAUCAAUACCGGAUGUGGGCACAUCGGUUGGUGAAGCGACUAGUACCACAUUAAGUAGUUCAACAGCAAAUAGCAAUGUCGCUACUUCACAUUCGUCCUUACUCAGUGAAGUGAAGUCAUUGCUAACGUCAAACAAUUCGAUUGUGCCAAAUCUGAAAGAAACGUCUGUGACGGUCAUUCCCGCGCCGAAGGCAGUGAAAACGGAAGACACAAAUUCCAGUACGGAUGCAGCAAAGCCGACCUCAUCACCGACACCUUCAUUUGGCAGUAAUUUGACUAUAACGGCCAUUGGAGUUAACGAAAAGAUGACUGCCAAGCCACUAGCCAGUGUUCAAAAUCAGGUGACUAUCACAAACGUAGAAUCUUUGUCCCAACCAUCUAAGGUACUAACUACCACUCCUGCCAUUACUCAACACACAAAUAAAACGUCGACGAAAGAUCAAACGAAUGUGAAGAUCUCUUCGUCGACGAACUCUGGACAUAUUGUCAACCAUAGCGCAACUAAAUUACCAACAAAAACUCCACCAUUACCCACGGAUAUGUUGUCACCACCAAAGAAGGCCACCGAUCAUAGUAUUAACAGCAUAAUAUCAUCAGCUGCGCCAGCAACCAGUCAUUCCAAAAAUGAAAAUCCGAAAACUAUUGCUGAUCCAUCGAGUAGUGCAACUACACGAGUUAUUAAUUUGGACAAUUUGUCGACCAACGAUAUUCUCAGCACAGCUGCAGCAGGCACCGACACAAAUAUUCGCAUUAAAAGCGUUGAAACGCUGAAUAAAAGUGUACCCAAAAGUGGUGCCACCGCAACGAAUCCCCCAAAAGCGAGCAAGGACAAAGAUGGGACAUCGAAGAAACAUAGUGGAUCGAAUUCAGGGUCUGCGACCAGUGUUCUGAAAGCUUCAUCUGUUUUACUUUCGAAGCCCGCUCCCAUGGAUUCGAUCAUUAAGUCAACAGCAUCAUCGAAAUCAUCCCACAGUUCCAGUUCGAAAACCAAUUUUGUUAUAUCGAAACCGAGCGCUGCCGUACCGCACACACAAUUAAAUGUUCUGAAGCCGUCGAUUGACAGUAAAUCAGUGGCGACUGCAUUGUCGAUUCAAUCGGUAGAAGAAAUUAGUUCAGAUAGUGACGACGUUGAGUUUGUUAGUGAAACACAUAUAAAGAAAUCGAAACAUCAACUGCCAAAUGUGAUCAAACAAAUGAAAUCGUCGAACAGUAGUAGUCGAAGUAGUUCGCCCAGUUCGCAGGCUCAGUCGAAUUUGCUGAGACGGCGACGCGACUCGUCGAUAGAUGGGAAAGAGGAAUUAGACGUUAAGCAGAUUAUGGAAGCUAUUAAGGAACUGCAGGAAAUGCAAACCAAUGCAACCGGUGUUCAUUCAUCCGGUAGUAAUUCAUCACAUAAUAAAAAGAGCCUUCACCACAGCUCGUCACUUCCGUACAACAAAAAGUUAGAUCAUUUGGAACAUACCUCCCAACUCAGCAAAAGCUCAUCAUAGUUAAAACAGAUUGAAGACAUGAAAAUAUCACCUUUACAACAGCACAACACACGGUGUUUUUUCGUUCGUUGAUGAAAUAAUUUUUUUUUUCUUUAAGUUUUCUGUUUUGUAAUUUAAAUGAAGGAAGAAAUAAGGAAGAAAAAAAAACAUUUCCUAGUUACGAUAUUUAUUUAAACUCUCAAAAAAAAUAUUUCAAAAGAAAAAUGUAAGAUACUUGUUCAUGAUUGAAAAACGAAUAAAAUUUAUCAUGCAAUAAAUCUACUAUGAAUAAGCAA